GCCAGGGCGUGGCGGGAAGCGGGAGGCGCCGGCGUUCGCUCCUCCCCGCCCAUGGGGCUCCCCUCCCCCCCUCUGCCAUGGCUCCUGGGGGGCUCCCGCCGCCCCCGCUGCUGCUCUGGGGGGCUCAGCUGGGGCGGGGGGCGCGGCGGGCGCUGCUGCGGGGGGCGCUGGGGCUGAGCCUGGCGCUGCUGCUGCUCUGGGCCGCGCUCUUCCUCUACGGCUCCUUCUACUGGGCCUACCUGCCCGCGGCCGCGCUGCUGCGCCCGCUGCACCUGGCCUUCAGGUCGGACUGUGACAGCCCCGGGCCCGAGCUCUGCUCCUUCCCCUCGGCCAACGUCUCCCUGCUGGGGGAGCACCGUGAGAAGGUGCUGCUCUACGGCCAGGUGUACCGGAUCUCGCUGGAGCUGGAGCUGCCGGAGUCGCCGGUGAACCGCGAGCUCGGGAUGUUCAUGGUGACCCUGACCUGCUACGGCCACGGCGGCCGGACGCUGGCCACGGCCUCGCGCUCGGCCAUGCUGCACUACCGCUCCCGCCUGCUCCGGGCUCUCCACACCGUGGCCUUCUCCGGCCUCUUCCUCAGCGGCUUCGCCGAGCAGAGCCAGACCCUGGAGCUGGAGCUGAUGGCGCGCUACCGCGAGGACCCCUACACGCCGACCGUGGGGGCGCUGGUGGAGAUCCGCAGCCGGCGGGUGCAGCUCUACGGGGCGCGGCUGCGCGUGCACGCGCACUUCAGCGGCCUCAGGUACCUGCUGUACCACUUCCCGCUGACCUCGGCCGUGCUGGGCGUGGCCGGGAAUUGGGCGCUGCUGGCGCUGCUCACCUUGGGGGGGUACCUGCAGUGGGGGCGGGGCCAGCGCCCGCCACGCCCCGCCCAGGAGCGGCCGAGCCACGGAGGAGCCCCCGGGGAGGGGGAGGGGACAGAUCUCUCAGCCUCUCCCCAAAAUCCGGAGGAGCCCGAAAGCGUCGGAGCUUCAGAGCCCAACCGAGAGCCCCCCCUGCUCAGCGCCGCCAACGCCCCCAGCAAGGAGGGGGAGGGGCGGGAGGAAGAGGAGGAUGAGGGGGAGGGGCAGGAGGAAGAGGGGGACCCCCCCACGCCCCUCCCCCCCCUCCCGGACCGCCCCUCCCCCCUCCGGCAGCGCCACCUCUGCUCCAGCUCCUGAGCCCCUCCCCCACCCCCCCCAAAAUUUGGGGGUCUCAAUAAAGGCUUUGGCCCCUCCCCCACCUCCCAAAAUCCAGGUUGGGUCCAUCCGCUGGGGGGGGGAGGGGCGGGCGAGAGGCGGGGACCUCAAAAAUCUUCCAAAUCCCCAAAACCACCCGAAUUUAACCCCAAAAAAUCCUCCAAAAGAACCCCCAAAAUCG